AUGAGGCCAGAAGCCUUGCUGCUAUAUCUCACACUGCUACACUGCGCUGGGGCUGGCUUCCCAGAAGAUUCUGAGCCAAUCAGUAUUUCGCAUGGCAACUAUACAAAACAGUAUCCGGUGUUUGUGGGCCACAAGCCAGGACGGAACAGCACACAGAGGCACCGACUGGACAUCCAGAUGAUCAUGAUCAUGAACAGGACCCUCUACAUCGCUGCCCGGGACCAUAUUUAUACUGUUGAUAUAGACACAUCACACACAGAAGAAAUUUAUUGUAGCAAAAAACUGACGUGGAAAUCUAAGCAGGCUGAUGUAGACACGUGCAGAAUGAAGGGAAAGCAUAAGGAUGAGUGUCACAAUUUCAUUAAAGUUAUUCUAAAGAAAAACGAUGAUACCUUGUUUGUCUGUGGAACUAACGCCUUCAACCCUUCCUGCAGAAACUAUAAGAUGGAUACUUUGGAGCCUGUUGGGGAUGAACUUAGUGGAAUGGCCAGAUGCCCCUAUGAUGCCAAACAUGCCAACAUCGCAUUGUUUGCAGAUGGAAAACUAUACUCAGCCACAGUGACUGACUUCCUUGCCAUCGAUGCAGUUAUUUACCGGAGUUUUGGAGACAGACCAACCCUACGGACCGUCAAGCACGAUUCAAAAUGGUUGAAAGAACCAUAUUUCGUCCAGGCAGUGGACUAUGGAGACUACAUCUACUUCUUCUUCAGGGAAAUAGCAGUGGAGUACAACACCAUGGGAAAGGUAGUUUUCCCAAGAGUGGCCCAGGUUUGUAAGAAUGACAUGGGCGGGUCACAGAGGGUCCUGGAGAAACAGUGGACAUCUUUCCUUAAGGCUCGCCUCAACUGCUCAGUGCCCGGAGACUCUCACUUUUAUUUCAACAUACUCCAGGCGGUUACAGAUGUGAUUCGUAUUAAUGGCCGCGACGUUGUCCUGGCAACCUUUUCCACACCUUAUAACAGCAUCCCUGGGUCUGCAGUUUGUGCCUAUGACAUGCUUGACAUUGCCAAUGUUUUUACUGGGAGAUUCAAAGAACAGAAGUCUCCAGAUUCCACUUGGACACCAGUUCCUGAUGAACGAGUGCCUAAGCCCAGGCCGGGUUGCUGUGCUGGCUCAUCCUCUUUAGAAAAAUAUGCAACCUCUAACGACUUUCCUGAUGAUACCCUGAACUUCAUCAAAACGCACCCGCUCAUGGACGAGGCCGUGCCUUCUGUCAUCAACAGGCCGUGGUUCCUGAGGACGAUGGUCAGAUACCGCCUCACCAAAAUUGCAGUGGACACCGCGGCUGGGCCCUAUCAGAAUCACACUGUGGUUUUCCUGGGAUCAGAGAAGGGACUCAUCUUGAAGUUCUUGGCCAGAAUAGGAAACAGUGGUUUCCUAAAUGACAGCCUUUUCCUGGAGGAGAUGAGCGUUUACAAUCCUGAAAAGUGUAGCUAUGAUGGAGUAGAAGACAAGAGGAUUAUGGGAUUGCAACUGGACAAAGCAAGCAACUCUCUGUAUGUUGCAUUCUCCACCUGUGUGAUAAAGGUUCCCCUCGGUCGGUGUGAACGACAUGGGAAGUGCAAAAAGACUUGUAUCGCCUCCAGAGACCCUUACUGCGGGUGGGUGAAGGAAGGAGGUUCCUGUGCCUAUCUGUUGCCCAGCAGCAGACUAACUUUUGAACAGGACAUAGAGCGUGGCAAUACAGAUGGCCUUGGAGACUGUCACAAUUCCUUCGUGGCCCUGAAUGGGCACUCCAGUUCCCUCUUGCCCAGCACCACCUCGUCAGAUUCGACGGCGCGAGAGGGGUAUGAGUCUAGGGGAGGAAUGCUGGAUUGGAAAGACCUGCUCCAUUCACCCGGCAGCACAGACCCUAUGGGGGCAGUGUCUUCCCAUAAUCACCAAGACAAGAAGGGAGUGAUUCGCGAGAGUUACCUCAAGGGCCAGGACCAGCUCGUCCCCGUCACCCUCCUGGCCAUCGCGGUCAUCCUGGCCUUCGUCAUGGGCGCCGUGUUCUCGGGCAUCGUGGUCUACUGCGUGUGCGACCACCGGCGCAAGGACGGCUCCGCGGCGCAGCGCAAGGAGGAGCUCGGCCCCUCGCGCCGGGGCUCCAUGAGCAGCGUCACCAAGCUCAGCGGCCUCUUCGGGGACCCCCAGGCCAAGGAGCCCAAGCCCCCCGAGGCCAUCCUCACGCCGCUCAUGCACAACGGCAAGCUGGCCGCGCCCGGCGGCGGCGGCACCACGGCCAAGAUGCUCAUCAAGGCGGACCAGCACCACCUAGACCUGGCGGCGCUGCCCACGCCCGAGUCCACGCCCACGCUGCAGCAGAAGCGCAGGCCGGGCCGCGGCAGCCGCGAGUGGGAGAGGAACCAGAACCUCAUCAACGCCUGCACCAAGGACAUGCCCCCCCUGGGCUCGCCCGUGAUCCCCACGGACCUGCCCCUGCGCGCCUCCCCCAGCCACAUCCCCAGCGUGGUGGUGCUGCCCAUCGCGCAGCAGGCCUACCAGCACGAGUACGUGGACCAGCCCACCGUGAGCGAGGUGGCCCAGAUGGCCCUGGAGGACCCGGCGGCCACCCUGGAGUACAAGACCAUCAAGGACCACCUCGGCAGCAAGAGCCCCAACCACAGCCACGGGGUGAACCUGGUGGAGAACCUGGACAGCCUGCCCCCCAAGGUCCCCCAGCGGGAGGCCUCCCUGGGGCCCCCCGGGGGCGCUCCCCUGGGCAAGCGGCUGGAGAUGCACCACUCCUCCUCCUACGGGCUUGACUAUAAGAGGAGCUACCCCACGAACUCGCUCACCAGGAGCCACCAGGCCGCCACCCUCAAAAGAAACAAUACUAACUCCUCCAACUCCUCGCACCUCUCCAGGAACCCGAGCUUCGGCCGGGGGGACAACCCGCCCCCCGCCCCGCAGCGGGUGGACUCCAUCCAGGCGGCGCACGGCGCGCAGGCGGCGGCGGGCCCGGCGGGGACUGUGUCCAGGCAGCCCAGCCUCAACGCCUACAGCUCGCUGACCAGGUCGGGGCUGAAGCGCACCCCGUCGCUAAAGCCGGACGUACCGCCCAAACCUUCCUUCGCCCCCCUUUCCACAUCCAUGAAGCCCAACGAUGCGUGUACAUAA